UACUCUGUAUUUCGUUUUCCAUUAAUCCUCCGCCCGCACACAACACAACCGUCAGCGGUUUAUUGAUAAUAAUAUAAUAUGACACGACGAUGAUAAUAACAAAAAUAUAGGAAUAAAAGUCGUACGCCAAGUCCAGUCCUCCUUCGCCCACCACCGAGACGCUGACGCUCCCGAAAUGCAUUAUGUCAGUUUUGCGCGCCGUCCAAUUGAUUUUUCUCACGGUCGGCUUACGGUUCGCCGUGUGCCACUCGACGUUUGAAUCGCAAGUCGUCGAUCAAGAAUAUAUUGUGACUUUCAAUGGAUAUUACUUAAACGAAACGAGGUACAAUUACAUAUCAGCUGCUUUGAAAUCUUCAGACGUUAACAAUUGGAACAUAUUAGAGAGAAAAAAUGCUGCCAGCCAAUAUCCAAGUCGAUGAAUGUUAUUCCUUAAAAGCCUUAGAUGCACUGACUGGUCAUCCAGUAAUUAAAAAAGUAACCCCACAACGAUUAGUACAAAGAUAUUUAAAUGAGCACUUAAAUGGAACAGAAAAUAAAGUGCUUUUACAUAGAAGAAGCCUUGGCCAAGAUAUAAAAUUAUGGCAAAAACUAAACAAACGAUAUAAAACUCGUCACCUACUUCGUGCUGUUCCUUCUCAAAUAACCAAAGUUCUUAAAGCCGAUGUUUUGUGGCGGUUAGGUAUUACAGGCAAAGGUGUGAAGGUAGCAAUUUUUGACACUGGUUUGAGUAUCUCUCAUCCACAUUUCAAAAGAGUAGCUGAAAGAACUGAUUGGACAGGGGAUGGAGAUUUGGAUGACGGUCUUGGUCACGGGACAUUUGUAGCAGGACUUAUAGCGUCACACCGUGAAUGUUUUGGGUUUGCACCUGAUGCAGAUUUACAUAUUUUUAGAGUAUUCACUAAUAACCAAGUUUCAUAUACAUCAUGGUUUUUAGAUGCAUUUAAUUAUGCUAUUAUGAAAAAAGUACAUGUUCUUAAUUUGAGUAUUGGUGGUCCUGAUUUUAUGGAUCAACCUUUUGUUGACAAAGUUUGGGAACUAACUGCUAAUGGAGUUAUCAUGAUAUCGGCCAUCGGUAAUGAUGGACCUUUGUAUGGUACUUUGAAUAAUCCUGCUGAUCAAAUGGAUGUUAUUGGAGUGGGUGGGAUUAGUUUUGAUGAUCAUAUUGCCAAAUUUUCAUCGCGAGGAAUGACUACUUGGGAAUUACCUCAGGGGUAUGGUCGUUUGAAACCUGAUAUAGUUAGUUAUGGCACAGAUGUACAUGGAUCAAGUGUGAGUGGAGGUUGUCGAACUCUUUCUGGCACUAGUGUUGCAUCACCUGUUGUAGCUGGGGCUGUAACAUUAUUAAUUAGUGGUAUAUUUGCCCAAGGUAAAGUAGUCAAUCCUGCAAGUAUGAAGCAAGCUCUUUUAGCCAGUUCUCAAAGAUUACCAGGCGUCAAUAUGUUUGAACAAGGACAUGGAAAGCUAGACCUCUUGCAAGCUUACAAAGUAUUGUCUAGCUACAUACCACAAGUCAGUUUCAGCCCUAGUUAUGUAGAUUUGACUGAAUGUCAAUAUAUGUGGCCCUACUGCACUCAGCCAUUAUAUCAUACGGGUAUACCAAUAAUUGUCAAUGUCACUGUACUCAAUGGUUUGGCAGUGUUUGGAAAAGUAGUUGGUGUUCCGGUUUGGUAUCCAUAUUCCCACGACAAUGGACAUUACUUAGAUGUGACUAUACGUUAUUCUCAGACAUUAUGGCCAUGGUCAGGUUGGAUGGCUAUUGCAUUAUCUGUAUCACCAACUAUACCUAAAGAUUGGAGUGGAACUGUUGCUGGCCACAUUGAGCUAACAAUUGAAUCAGCGAAUAUCAAUUAUACAGUUAAUUUGCCAUUGCGUGCUGCUAUUAUACCUUCUCCGCCAAGAAUAAGAAGAAUCCUGUGGGAUCAGUACCAUAACUUAAGAUACCCUCCAGGAUAUUUUCCAAGAGACAAUUUAAAAGUAAAAAAUGACCCAUUAGACUGGAACGCAGAUCAUAUACAUACAAAUUUUAAGGGUUUAUAUCAACAUUUACGUAGUUCUGGUUAUUACGUUGAAGUACUGGGUGAACCAUAUACAUGUUUUAAUGCUACUAAUUAUGGAGCAUUGUUAGUUAUAGAUCCCGAAGAAGAAUUUUUCUCUGAGGAAGUAGUAAAAAUUGAAGCUGACAUUGCAAAUUACAAUUUAUCAGUUAUUAUUUUUGCAGACUGGUAUAAUGUUUCUGUGAUGAAAAAAAUAAAAUUUUUUGAUGAAAACACCAAACAAUGGUGGAUGCCAGUUACUGGUGGCUCAAAUAUACCAGCUUUAAAUGAUUUAUUGGAACCUUAUGGUAUAUCUUUAGGUUCUAAUGUUUAUUAUGGAGAAUUUGAAAUGGGUGAUAGAAAAGUACAUUAUUCUUCAGGCACUCAUAUAACAUCUUUUCCAAAUGAAGGAAUUGUUGUUGCUAAAACUUUAAAAAAUCAAGGUGAAGAAAUUUUAGGAGGUGAUAAAAGUGGACAAGAAGUUGAUGUACCAAUUUUAGGAUUAUAUAAAUCAUCAGGACAUAUUGUUCUUUAUGGUGAUUCAAAUUGUCUAGACAAUAAUCAUAUUGAAAUUGAUUGUUAUUGGAUGUUAGACGCUAUCAUGGAAUAUAUAUCUACUGAUAAACUACCACACAUUUUUCUUGAGGAUAAUGUAAAAAUUAAUAACAACAAUAUUACACAUCAUUUAAUUGAACGUCUUGAACACAAUGAGUUAUACAAAUACUCUAAAGUGAUAAGAAAAAGUGAUUCUGGUAUUUCACAACUACCUAUCCCAAAAUGUGUUACAAUUGAUUUGGCUAAGACAGUUGUUCUUAAUAUUUCAGGCAACAGUGAUGAUUACAAGCCACAAAAAUUGAAAACUGACCCUUCUUACAAGGAUGAAAAUAAGUAUGUUUGGUUACAGUCUCAAGCAGCUAAUUUAAAAGUUUCAAAUGAGACACUAACAUUUGAUGGAUUUUUCACUGGAUUUUUCUUACCUAUAACAACACUUGCAGUUGUAUUGUUUAUAGUAGCUAUUUUCAUUUUAUGGCGAUAUUAUUGUUGGAGAGCAAAAGCUAAACAGGGUCUCAUAGCACUUGGUAAAAAAAAAACUGUUGGUGGAAUCAAAAAGAGUUUUAUGUUUAUGCUCAAACACAACAGUAGACUUCAAUCUGCCAGCGGAUAUAAUUUGUAAUGUUAGCAUAGAUUUUACACUAAAAUAUAUUGUUAUCAAAUCUUUGAACAAAUA